AUGGACACCUCCAGCCCGAGUAUGCUUGCUUACUUCCACUGGCCGUUAGUUGUCUCUUCUUCGCCACCCAACACUCGCACGGAGUCUCGACGACUUAGCCAGGUUUCGAACGCCAGGCUCACGGCGGAUGAGGCUCCCACCUCCAACGGGACGGCAUCAUCUGUCCCGAGCCAAGUUAAUUCAGGCUUGAAGACAGCUCCGUCUGGACCGCCAGGGCUGUCUCCCGUCGGCCAGCUCAGUGCUGGUGCAGACCCCACUGAGUCUUAUUUGGGCAAACUCAUCCGACAGGCUGUCGAUGAAGGAGUCAAGCGGGUUAUGAAGAAGACUCUCGAAGGAGCCUUAGCCCAGGCUGUUCGAGAAUCUGCCAACGCCGCCAACAAACCGAACCGGCCGGAUCCGCCAACACUCAGAUUCAUCAUUCACUCGACGUAUGACAUCGAGAAGCUCCAGCGGAUGGGUUCGGGCAUGAUCGCCGCCAGGUUCGGUGAGCAGAGCGCUCCCUUCAACAAGGUCAUGGGGACCUUUGUGAGUGGCAAUUGUCUGAAACUCUUUUGCGAAAGCGAGAUUGCCCUUGAGGAGAUCAAAGAACGAGUAGGCUUUGUGGGACAUGUUCUCGGGAUAUCUCAUCUCAGGCUCGUCCCUACUGUGUUCUACGUCGAAGCCAUUGGGUUUGAUUUCACGGACGCAGAGCUGAAGAACGCGAAAGACAGUCUAGCAAAGUGGGGUGUCGACAACGGCGUCAAGUUCGCCAGCGUCACCAAAAGCUUCAGAAGGGUGGUUCUGGGAAUGUGGCACAAGGAGCAUGCCCGGGCAUUGUGCUCGAAAUUCGUCUUCUUGAAUGGACGCAAGGGAUUUGUCGAGCCCAUCGACACCCGCUCGCUUCCGUACUUUUGCUUCAACUGCAGUGCCCCCGGCCACUUCCGCCACCAGUGCCAGAGCUCUCUGACAUGCGGGAAAUGCGCCGGAGAUCAUGCUUCGUUCAACUGCGCUGUGGCCAGCGACUUUACCUGCCCGAAUUGCAAGAAAGGCCUGGGGUUCAAUGCAACGAGGGAGGACUUGGACCACCAGGCGUGGUCUCCCAAGUGCAAGUUUCCCGAGACUACCGCCAUGUUCAAGGAAUGUAGAAAGCACACAGGCAGCCCUCUUUGGGCAACAAACCUCCAACAAACCGACGCCGACCCGCCUGUCCCGAAGGAGGGCGGGGCAACGGCCAAACGACGUGCCAAAAAAGACCUGAUCAACGCAUCCGAUUCCAAGCGACAAACGACAAAUCUCAGUGCUGAGUCGCGGCCGACUCCAGCCACGGCUCCGGUCACGGCUCCGGUCACAGCUCCAACAAAGGCCCCAACCAAGGCCAAGGCCCAGGUAAAGCUCACGGUCCUGGAACAGGAACCGACCCCGGAAUUGGACCCGGAAUUGGACCCGGACACGAUCAUGGAAGUAUCUCCCGGUCGCCCGCCCAGCGGCCUAAUCCCGCGUUCCACACCCACCGCCGAAGGAGCCCCGACAGCAAUACCUUCCCAAAAGCUUCAGUUGUCAUGGACAGACCAGGCAGAUCGAACUCUAAAGAGAAGGCGCAUCACUCGGCACAAGGGCAGCGUGGUUUCCAACUCCCAGAUUGUCGAGUAUGAUGGGAUCAUGAGCCUUCGGUCUCCGAGCUCCUCGGCAAGCCGGGGAAUUUCAUCUUCCCCCCAGAUGAACCCCGUAGUCCCUUCCAGCCUGAGCAACGUCAUUGCUCUUAGCCCCACCGAUCCAGCAUUUCCCGGCUCAGAGGACGAAGAUGAUUGUUGA